GUUUUGUUCGUUUUUUUUAAGUGUACAAUCUUUUUCCCACAAUCCUCAGCGGCUGCAGAAGAAAAUGAAGUCGGCCAUGUCGUGUUAGGAGUCGCGGAACGGAGGACUGUGUUCAGGGAGAAAGGCUCAUUUAUUUGUGUUAUGCAGACUUAGAACCCGGCUUAAGAAAUCUCAUCAUUUGACUUUAUUUGUACUAUAAGCAUUUUAUUUGGAAGUUAGUGAAUUAUUGAACUUAGAGUGUAAAAUAUGAGCGGAGGAGGGACACCGUAUAUUGGCAGCAAAAUUAGCCUAAUCUCUAAGGCCGAAAUCCGCUAUGAAGGAGUUUUAUACACCAUCGACACUGAAAACUCGACAGUCGCUCUCGCUAAAGUUCGUUCCUUUGGCACUGAAGACCGUCCCACAGACAGGCCUAUACCACCUCGGGAUGAGGUGUUUGAGUACAUCAUCUUCAGAGGAAGUGAUAUAAAAGAUCUAACAGUUUGUGAGCCACCCAAAGCCACCAGCACCCUGCCUCAGGACCCUGCCAUAGUUCAGUCAUCAAUCGGAUCGACCAGUGCAGGAGCUGCACCAUCAUUCCAGGGUGCUGGUCCCUAUGCCCCAUUUAGCAGGGCCCCUGUUCCACCUUACAGCCAGUUCGGAGGUACACCCAUCGGAUCGCAGCAGUUUGGAUCUGCUGGAGGACGUACCAGUCCACAGCGAGACUCUUUGGCGAAAAGCUCCCCCGUGGAGCCGGUGCAGGCGCCGCCGUCUGCAGCCCCUGGUCUACCUGCGGCUGUGGGACAGAGGAGUCAGACAGGAGGGGCGGCCAAACCCAGCAGCUCUUCCACCGUCACCCAGAAACCCCCUGAUCUGCUUGAGCAGAAAAAAGCUCCUGACGUUCAGAAAGCUCCCCAGCCGGAUCAUGAACAUGCUGUUGAAAACCGGGAUCCCAACAGGCGUCAACUUGCAGGUGUUCAGUCUAACCGCCGAGGCCGGGGAAGAGGAAACCGCAGCAGGGGCAGAGUUAACAUGCGCAAAGACGGCACCGUGAAAUUCGAUGAGGACUUUGACUUUGAAACUGCCAACGCCCAGUUCCACAAGGAUGAGAUCGACAAAGAGUUUCAAAACAAGCUGAAACUGAAAGAUGACAAACCUGAAAAGGCGCUGAACGGAGAAGAGACUGCCGACUCAGAACAUCCAGCCACUGAGGGCACCGCUGAGGAAGAGGAGGCUGCGAUAAACGCGUGUUACUACGACAAGACUAAGUCCUUCUUUGAUAACCUGUCCUGUGGGGAUUCGAGUAAAACGGGUGAUGGUGGAUUUCAAAGGGAGCGCAGGCCGACCUGGGCAGAGGAGAGACGGAUGAACGCAGAGACGUUCGGCAUCCCUCUCAGACACCACCGUGGAAGAGGAGGUUACCGUGGACGGGGCUACGGUGGACCCCGUACGGGGCGGGGGCGGUCAUCGAGCAGAGGUUAUUUCGCGCCCCGGGGAGCCCCGCCUGGGUUCAGGGGCACAUACAGAGUUGGCAGAGGAGGCCGGGAUUUCCCUGACCUUGAUUACAGGAAGGAUAACAAAGUGGCUGCAUAGUGCUUCAGUGAUGGAUCCACAGGGAAUUGUAGCCACUUCUGAUAAAAUAAUAUCCAUUGUAGAAAUUUCCUGCGGUCUCUACAUUUUGACGAAGAGAAUGAAGACGAUAUUUGGACACCAGCAGCUCGGUGGACUGUUGGACAUGAUGGGGUGACAGUCCAACUCCCUCUCUCUGCUUUGAGACUGUAGAUUCUUUCUCCACAAGUUUUGUCUGAAAAAUUCAAAGAUCCCUUGUAAAUGCAAAGCUUUGGAGUAAUUGCGUACUUUUUUUGAUCAGUCUGAAUUCCUUUCUUAAAGUCGUCUUUGAUAUAAGGAGCAGAACGCGCUCUCAAACUGUGAGCCGAUCACAGCCCAUGUGAUCCAUAGCUUUACUUUUUUUUCACUUUUUGAUAUAUUUUUUUUUUUCCGGCACCAAAUUUGUCAUCCUCCUGUUGCACCGUGUGUUUUUUUUUUUUUUUUUCCUGCACAGUUGGGUUGCCAUUUAUUCAGUGUUUUAACUUUCUAGUAGUUUUUUUUUCCUGUAACAUUCAUUUUCUGUGAUGUAGUGAGGCCAAACGGAUCAAAAAUUUUAAUUUGUAAAAUAAAAAUUGAAUGUAAGACUAGCUUGAACCAGAAGACUUUUCCAGCUUUGUAUUCUACGUUAGAUCAGACCUGAGCCCUCAGACCUCCUCGUUUUCCUCCUGGUUUCAUGGCUGGAUGUCCGCUGGUAGCGAAUUCAAGAAACCAAACUCUUUGGUUUAUCACAAAUCUUGAGCUGUACUGGGAUUUUAUGAGUGCAGCUUUUAUUUAGAAUCGGGUUUGUUUACAUAAAGGAUACAAGAUAUAUUUUUUUCCUAAUUUGUGUAAAUUAAUAAAAUUAUACAAGGUCUUGGCAACAACUUCUAUUUACCUAAAUUUGCUGCUCUGC